UUCAUAGUUUAGUUACGAUUUCGAAAACGACCCGACGCGUCCCGCCGCCGGCGAUAUCCCAUUUUCUCUCGAAUCCAUUUUAUCUUUACCUUCAUCAAGUUCUCGACAUUCGUCACUUUGACUAAUUGUGUGAUUGUGUUUUGAUUGUGUAUGGACAGUUUGUGAAUUGGAUUUGUUUUAUCACUUGGCUAUAGGAUCAUAGCUCGUCCUUUUCAAGAAGCGACCAGCCACCCCUCUCACCCAGUGAUGUUAUCCAGAUAGCGCCAUGGGGGUGACCGACGACUUUGCCCCGAGCUUCACGCAGAAGCCCCAGCUUCGCCAAGAGGAUGAUGGCAACAAGCUGGUGUUUGAGUGCCAGCUCUUGGCCUCGCCGAAGCCGGAGAUCAGCUGGUAUCGCAGCGAUGAACUCCUUAAGGAGGAUAACAGGACACAAUUUAAGAUCCAGAGCAUAGCCAACAACAAGUUCCUGGUGGUUUUGGUGCUGGAUGACGUAAUCGAGACCGACGCGGGGCUCUACAAAGUUAAGGCUAAGAACAAGAUGGGCGAGGUGGCCGCCUCCAUUAACCUUAACUUUAGCCCCGCUGAUGAAGAAAAACAGAAGCAAGUAGACGGUAAAGCACCAACGUUCGCGCGCAAGCCGGCCAUUCGACAGGAGGAUGAUGGCAAGCGGUUAAUAUUCGAGUGCAGGAUCGAGGCCGAGCCAGUACCCGGCGUCACGUGGUUCCACAACACAGAGGAGGUCAAACCGAGCUCAAGACAUAAGUUAACAGUGAGCAAGGAUGGCAAAUCAUACUACGCCUCAUUAGAAAUAAACAAUGUUACUGUGGAAGACGCCGGAAAGUACCGAGUGACGGCUAAAAAUGAACUCGGUGAAAGUAACGCUACCAUCAGCUUGAACUUCGAUAGCGACGAAGCCCCCGUGCCUGAAGACUUUAUCAAACCUACGUUUACGGAGAGACCAGUCAUCAGGCAAUCGGAGGAUGGUACCAAAAUCACAUUCGAAUGUCGAUGUGUUGGCAAACCGAAACCAACCGUUACAUGGUACCACGGAAAGAAGUUAAUAAAAGAAAGUAGUCGUUACAAAAUUUCAUUAGAAGAGGACCAAACGCUGUAUCAUAUGGCGCGAUUAGAAAUUAUAGGAGUAGAUAAUUCGGAUAAGGGAGAAUACAGGGCUGUAGCGAAAAACAAACACGGCGAAGGCGUAGCUAAAAUAAAUUUAAAUUUCCAGGGUGGGGACAAACCAAAAAUUCCCGAUGGGAAAGCACCUAGGUUUCCAAAAAAACCUACUAUACGACAAGAGGGGGAUGUCUUAAUUAUGGAAUGCAUACUUGAAGCACAUCCUGUGCCUGAUAUUACGUGGUUCCAUGGGGAUAAAGAAAUUAGGGAUGGUAAUAAAAUGAAGAUGUCCAGAAAAGCCACUGGAAAGGACACUUUUAAUCUCACCCUAGAAAUUUUGGGUCCCACUAAGGAAGAUGGGGGAAACUAUAGGUGUAAUGCUUUCAAUUUAUUCGGUGAAAGCAAUGCCAAUAUAGCUCUCAACUUCCAAGGAGGGGAUGACGAAAAUGGUUUUGCACCAUCGUUUAUUGAAAAGCCUCGAAUAAUUCCUAAUGAAGAUGGCACACUCAUUACAAUGCGUUGUGUCUGCAAAGCUAAGCCGGCGGCAGAAGUCACGUGGUACCGAGGCACAACCGUUAUUAAAGCUAGCAGUAAAAUAGAAGUCAAAUCUUCAGUUUUAAAAGAAGACGUUUAUGAAUUAAUAUUGCUCUUAUCUAACCCGACGGCAGCGGAUGGUGGCGCUUACCGCUGUCAUGUUCGGAAUGAAUUUGGGGAGAGCAAUGCUAAUCUUAACUUAAAUAUUGAGGCUGAACCAGAACCAGAAGGAGAGGGACCAACAUUUGUUGAAAAACCAACUAUUCAGUCAAAAGAAAACGGAAAACUUGUGAUAAUGAGUUGCAAAGUAAAAGCUAGUCCAAGGCCAACGAUUGUGUGGUACCACGAGGGCAAAGAAGUUAGGGAAUCGUCAAAAAUUAAGACCAGGAUCGAAGUAAAGGAAGACAUUUACACAAUAAUUUUGGAAUUAAUCGAUCCUGGUAUUGAAGACUCCGGAUUGUAUAAAUGUAAUAUCAAGAAUGAACUUGGAGAGCUCAAUGCAAAUCUAACGCUCAAUAUUGAAAUCAUUCCAGUUAUAAAAGAAAAACCAAAGAUCAUUAAAAUUAUUAAAAAGAAAACAGUAAUUGUUGAAUGUAAAGUAUUAAGUAAAUUCGCACCUUCUUGCACAUGGUAUAAGGAAGCGAGUGCUGUUAAGGAAGAUUCUAGGCAUACUGUACUAAUAGAACCUGUUAGAGAAGGUGAAUUUGCAGUAAAGUUAGAGAUCUCAAACAUAUCACAACAAGAUAGAGGCUCAUAUAAACUUGUAGCGAAGAAUGAGAAAGGAGAAGCUACGUCGCAACAAGUUGAAAUCACAGAUAUUCCUGAAGAAAAGGGAGAAAAACCGCAGAUUAUAAAACAUCUCAGGAGUUUGGCCAGGAAAGAAAACGAGGAAGCUGAAUUCUUAGCGGUACUUAAAAGCUCGGAUCAAUCAUGCAGAUGUACCUGGUAUAAAAACUCCACAGUUAUUAGAGAUUCAUCAGAAAUUAACACGUCAUUUGACGGUACAAAUGCAAGACUUAUAAUAAGAAUAGUUUCGCAUAAAUACGUAGCUAACUAUAGGGUCGUUAUCAAAAAUGAAUAUGGCGAGGACGAAUCUAGUGCGGACUUAACUAUUGUUGAAGAAAAGAAAAAGAAAAAAGAAGAGGAAGAAGAAGAUGAGACUGUAAUAGAGGAGUCUGAAGAGGAAAUGUCAAUUGUUGAAGAAAAAUCGGUUAUAGAAGAGAAUCACGUUGACGAGAAAAAGGAACUAAAACGUAAAGAAGAAGAGGAAGACGAAGAGGAAGAUGAAAAGACCACUAUUAAAAAGAAAAAAGUAACAGCUAAAAAGAUAACCAAAAAAGAAGAAGUUAAAGUAGAAGCUAAACAAGAAGAGGUCCAAGUUGAAGCGAUGAAGACAGAAGCUAAGUUGGAAGAAAAACAGAAAAUUGAAGCCAACAAGACGGUAACGAAGAUUGAUGUGAAGAAAGUUGACACCAAAUUACAAACUAAAGAAGAACAAAGAAAGGCCGAAGUUGAAAUAGAAGAAGCAAAAAAGAUUCUUGAAAGGAAAGCCGCUAAAACAGAAGAAGAAAAGAAGGCACUUUUAGAGAAAAUUGAGAAAAAGAAAACUGAAAAGGAGCCUGAACAAGAGAAGAAAAUUGAAGGCAUUCCAAAAUUGAAACCUGUGAAACCUAAAGAAGAACCGAAACUAGAAGAAGAUAAAAAAGAAACUAAAAAGAUUGAGGAAAAGAAAAAAGUUGUAAAAAAGAAAGUUGUUGCUAAAAAGAAGGAAGAAAAAGAAGAUAUAUUCGACUUUGUUGAUGAUUACGAGCGUCCCGUAUUGGAGAAGUAUGAAAGAAUUACACCGACACCACUUGAAAAGAAAUCAAAAGUUACUGACACGCCUCAGACUAAACGUGCUUCUCUAUCUGAGAGCGUAAAAAGUCAACCAGAGGAAAGUGAUGAAGAAGAGCCUUCCUUGGCAACUCCAGCACCCGAGAAAAAACAAAAAGUUGAGCAAAAAGAAAAGGUCUUAGAAGAACCAAAACGUCCAAGUAUCAAAAAAGGCAUUCCUAAACCAGAGGAACCUGUUGAUGAAUUAUCACGAGUCAAAUUAGGAAAGGCACCAUUACAGCCAGUUGAAAAGCCAACUGAAGAACCACAAGUAGCACAAAGCAAAAAAACUAUUAAAAAGCCUGAUGAACAAAGAGAAUUCGUAGAUGAUUAUGAAAGACCAGAUCUGGAGAAAUAUGAUAAAGUAUCACCAACAGCAAUAGAAAGAACAAAGAAACAGAAUGGAGUCAAAGAGGAGUCUCCUGAAAUCGUAGAUGAAUACGAACGACCGGAAAUAGAAAAGUUAGAAAAACAUACUCCUACUCCUAAAACAAUUCGUAGGCCUAGUGAUACCCAGGAUGAGGUCGAUACAAUGAAAGGUAAAAUUAAACCUAAAGAAAAGGAAGAAGAACCUGCGUUCCCAACGUUGCGAAAACGAUCAGUAGCAAAAGACAAGGAAGAGGAAAAAAAACCAGAUGAGAAACCAAAAGCCAAAACUGUUAAAAAAGAUGAGCCUAAAGCUAAAAAACGUCCGUCUCUUAAAAAAAAAGAGGUCGAAGAAGAGGAAUUUAUCGACGAUUAUGAAAGACCGGUUCUCGAAAAGUAUGAAAAGAUAACACCAACGCCUAUUGAGAAAAAGAAAAAGGAGGAUAAAAAACCACAAGAAGAAGUUCCUACACCUGAAUCUGAUCAAAGGAGACGGUCGCUUAAAGACAAUGAUAAAACUGAGCCUAUGGAUGUUGAUGAAAACUUCAGUGCUACCAGGCCAAAAAGACCGACUAAAGUAGGGCAAAAGGCCGAGCCAAUGGAAGUUGAUGAAAGUGUCAGUCUUACUAAAACAAAAACUCCAGUUAAGCCAGGUCAAGAGCCUGAAGAUGUUACACUUACACAUAAAACACCGGCAGAAAUUAAGCCAACGGAGGGUGAGGCAGAAGCGAAAUUGAAAGUCAAGAAACCAGAAAUAGUUGACAGUAAAACUGUUAAGUUGCCUACAGGAAAAGACAAGGGUGACAAGGGCGAGGAUACUGAAGAAUCUAUAAGCCUUGCCAAACCGAAAACUAAAACAACCGCCCCUGAAGAGGCUUCUCUCACACAAAAGAAACCUGCACAGAAAAAACUUACGGAAGGUUCAGAAGCCGCAGAACUUAAAGUCAAAAAACCUGCUGUGGUCAAGAAAGGACCUAAAGAUGAGGACCCUCUGACAAUCAAAGGGGGUAAAUUUGAAUUGCCACAGCUAAAGAAAACGGUAAGGAAGGCACCGGAAAAACCCAAAAAAGCAACUGCAACUCAUGAAUACGAGAACAAUGUCAAAGGGUAUACACUGGACUUCGUAGACGAUUAUGAGAGACCAGUUUUGGAGAAAUAUGAAAAGAUAUCGCCUACUCCUAUUGUUAGAGAUAAAAAAGAGAAAGAAGUAACUAAGGUUGAUAGCAGGAGGACAUCCGUUCAAAGUAGCGAGGAGCAAAUGGUUGCACAACAGCAACAAUUUCUCGCCGUCAAGACUGAAAGCAGACGAGAAUCAAUUCAAAGUGAUGUCUCGGAAGUCAAGACAGAGAGCCGUAGAAGCUCUAUCAUCGAAAACAAAGCACUUAAGAUUACAAAAGAGACUUCAGAGAGCAGAAAGUCAUCGGUGGCGUCAAUAAGUGAGCAAGAACAGGUUGGAAUUAAAAAGACUGGGCUCAAGACCAAGGUAUUGAUCAAGGAUGAACCAGUCAAUGAAUUAGCAGCUAUUAAACAUAGGCUUAAGGACGAAGUUAAAGACCGAGAAGAUCAUUUAAGCUCAGAAUACGAUGAUACAAAUAAAGAAAACACACACCCAUGGCGACCUACGAAUACAAACACACAGGAUGCCCCUGAAAAGACACAACCGAAACGAAGUCUUAGCGUAGACCAGCCAAAGCAAAAACAAGAAAAGUCUAGACGUCGUCAUAGUAUAAAUGAGGAUACGGAAGAAUCUGAUUCAGAAAUUACGGAAAAGACGAAAAUAAAACGGAAAGUCUCAAUUGACCGCCCUACAGAACCCACUCAUUCUUGGAGUAAAACUGAAGAAGUAGAAAAAGAUACGAAAGAUAAAGUAAAACCUAUUGGAGUAGGUAAACCUACAUUUGACAAAAAAUUAGAGGAUGAGAAAGUUACUAGGUCUAAUGAUACAAAACUAGAACCUUUGAACCAAAUUCUCGGGAAGACGGUAAAAGUUGACGAAAAUGAGUUAGAUGAGCCAGAUAAAGUUAAGGAAAGUAGUAAAUCGUUCAGAGAACAAAAACCCGAGGGUCCUCGGCACAAUGGAACUGUGCCUAAAAAGGAUGUUGAGGUACCUAACAAAAAAUUGGUUGAACCAAAAGUGCUAAUUGUUCCGGAUGAUGCAACGCAAAAAGAUACCUCAGUAAACACAAAACAUGACACACUUUACCCGUGGAGACAAAAAGAGGUACCUACAUUUGUAACAACAGAGCCAGAUUCGAAUGAAAAAGAAGUGCCUUUUUCAUGGCAUGUCAUUCCUGAAAUACCACAGGCUGAACAAACACCAGAGUUAGAGGAUAAAUAUAAACCUAUGUUACGUGAAACACAAGAAACAGUUGUGCCUUGGAGAAGGUCUAGGUCUCCACAGGCUGAAAGUGAGGGCAAAGACGAGGAAAAACCUGCUUCCUUAGGGAGCCCACAGUCCACUUUAAGCAGCCCAGACGAGAAAGUGCAAGUGGAAGAAAAAAAAGUAGAGACCGAAACGAAAAAGGCUAAACUUACAGCUCCUAAGAUAAAGAAAGCCGAAGAACUACCUGAAAUUCCUGACUAUGACAGACCUGAUCUUGAAAAGUAUGAAAAAAUCUCACCUACUCCAACCACUAGGGAAAAGCCAGAAAAGGACAAGCCGGUUGAAAAACCGAAGGUGCCCGAAAUCAAGGCGCCAGAAGAAACGCCACCUACUCCGAAAAUUGAGGUCAUACGAGAUAAAUCUCCGAAACCGGAAGCACUUAGAAAACCAUCACUGUCACCAGCACCACCUGCCAGGAGGGGAUCCCUCAUUCCACCACCUGAAGAAAUGGGAAGGCGACCAUCCCUCAUUAUAAGUGACGAGCGAAGAAAAUCAGGUGAUGUAAGAAGGCCAUCUAUUCAAGACUUGGAAGACUUGAUCAACAAACCAUCUGUUCCUCUAAAGCCUCAUGGAAAUGAGGGGCCACCACAAAUUAUUGACGCUCCAGAAAGCAACUCAGCUAUUGAAGACCAAACUGGAUAUCUUACCGUACAAGUCGAAGGUAACCCAGCACCUACAUUCAAAUUCUACAAAGGAGUAUCAGAGAUUCUAGAGGGAGGCCGUUUCAAGUUCGUAACGGACGGUGAAACAGGUCUUAUCACACUUUGCAUGAGAAAAGUGAAACCAAUCGAUGAAGGAACAUACAGGGUUGUUGUUAGCAAUAUUCAUGGAGAGGACACGGCUGAAAUGUCACUUUAUGUAUCGGAUGCCAGUGGUAUGGACUUCAGAGCUAUGCUUAAAAAGAGAAAAUACAAACAAUGGGGUGAAAAGAAAGAGGACCCGGAUUGGGGUGACUUGAAGGAAGUUGAAAAACCAAUCCCUCCUCUAAAGAAGGUGGAAAAGGGAUUAGAGACUGGAUAUUUCGAGGAGGAUGGGCAACUUGUGGUCGUAUCAGAAGGUGUCGAAAUGUAUAGAUUCCCAACGGACAGGCGCCGACACUCAUCAAAUUGGUCGUGGUUCAAGAGAUCCAAAAAUAGAAGACCGUCUCUAGCAGAACUGAUUCCGGAUUGGCCGGUGCUGCACUCGUUCAAAAGAAACGAGAAACAAGAGUCGUUCUUGAAACCUUUAGUAGAUCAAUUCGCAAAGGAAGGAAAGGAUAAGAAAGUGACGUUUGAAGCCAUUUUCACAAAACCUAAUGCUAAACCGAAAUGGUUUUUCCGUAAGGAUGAAUUAUUCCCAGGUUCUAAGUAUAAAAUGACUAACGAGCAAGAUUCCUAUAAAUUAAUCAUAUUCAACCCCAAAGUUGAAGAUACAGGUAAAAUUAGUAUUGAAAUUGGUGGUAUUAACUCCACCGCCUUCUUACAAGUGGAAGAGCCUGAUCCCACAUACACCUUUACGAAAAAUCUAAAGAAGACCCUUACUGGAUAUACGAAACAUGAAGUCGUUUUAGAGUGCGUUGUUUCAAACAGCCUAGCUAUUGUUUCUUGGUGGAAAGGGGAAUCAAAACUUGAAGAUGGGGAAGAGUUCCAGAUCUCAAAGGAUUUAUCUGGCGUUUGUAAAUUAGCAAUUAAGAAAGCUAAAAUGGAAGAUGCAGGAAAAUAUUCCUGUAAGAUUGAAAAACAAGCUGAUAAAACUGAUUGUGAUGUUAAAAUUGUAGAAUACCCAUACAAAUUCACCAAGGUACUGAAAUCACAGCAGGCAAUUGAAAAAGAUACUAUAACUCUACUUUGUGAACUGGAUGACGCAGCUGGUGAUGUUAAAUGGUACAAGGAUGAUCAGCCUAUAAAACCAGACAAGCGAAUUGUGAUAGCAAAAGAAGGACGCAAACGAAAGGUGGUCAUUAAAGAUGCGAAAGUUACAGAUGCUGGCAACUUCAAGUGUGUCAGUAAUGCUGAUGAGACUACUUGCGAAUUGACUGUUAAAUAUUCUAAUCGCUUCAACAAGAAGUUGAAGGAUACAGAAGGAGUUGAACGGGACAAGGUUGUACUCGAAAUCGAAUUACAGGAUCAGACUGCGGAAGCGGUGUGGUCUUUCAACGGGGAACCUAUUGUACCUAAUGAUAGGGUUGAAAUCAAGAAUCUGGGUGGUGGAAAACACCAACUGAUCUUUAAUAAAUUAGAAAUGGACGAUGAAGGUGAAAUUCUCUGUCAAUCUGGCGAACUUACUUCCUCUUGUAAGCUGACAGUUAAGAAGGGCGAGUCUAAGCCUCAGAUUGAAUGUCCCGAUGAGUUUAACGGUCCAGCUGGACAUCAAUUCGUCAUCGAAGUGCCUUAUAAAAUUUAUGGCACGCGUCAAACACCAAUAGAAGCCAAGUUGCUCAAGGACGGUAAACCACUGCCUAACAAAGAAAUCGAGGCAGUAGUAGAACAAGAGAAAGUUCUAUUCAAGGUCAAAAAACCAACAAGAGAAGCUUCUGGUAAAUACCAGAUUAAGCUUUCGAAUGCUCAGGGAGAAGAUUCUAAAGAUGUCAACAUCAUCAUGCAAAGUGUUCCUUCAGUACCUCAGGAUGUUGAGGUUACAGAAGUGUUCCAGACGUCUUGCGUAGUUGCAUGGAAAGCUCCCCAAGAUGAUGGAGGUUCACCAAUCAUUAAAUAUAUUAUUGAGAGACAGGAUCUGUCACUCAAAGCUGCAUGGGAUAGCGUAGCAGACGUAGCAUACGGUGAACCUACAAAAUACAAGGUUGAAGAUCUUAUUCCAAAGAAGACUUACAAAUUCAGGAUCCGGGCUGUUAACAAAAUUGGUUCUAGUGAGCCUGGUCUCUUUGCCAAGCCAGUAUUGGCUAAAGAUCCAUGGGAUGAACCAUCGAAACCAAAGGGUGUGGAACUUACAGACUGGGACAAAGAUCAUGCAGAUAUUAAAUGGCAAAAACCAGAUAACGAUGGUGGUGCACCAAUCACUGGAUACGUUAUUGAAUAUAAGGAAAAAUUCGGCAAGGACUGGGUAAAGGGCGUAGAAGUACCUGGAGAUGCUUUAUCAGCUACCCAGACUGGACUAAAAGAAGGCGGCACUUACGAAUUUAGAGUUCGCGCGAUUAACAAGGCUGGUCCCGGUGAACCCAGUGAUGCAACUAAACCUGUCAUUGCUAAGUGCAGAUUUGUUAAACCUUAUAUCGUUGGUGAGGGCUUGCAAAGUAUGAUCAUCAAAAAGGGUCAAGUAAUCAGCUUCGAUAUAAAAUAUGGUGGUGAACCUGAGCCGGAAGUAAAGUGGAUACUAGGAGAAGAGGAAAUCCAUGACGAUGGAGAUCGUAUCACCAUUGACAAGUACGAAAAGAACACCGUCCUUACAGUCCGGAGGACCACCAGGCCCGACAGUGGGAAAUACAAGCUGGUGCUCACCAACUCAUCUGGCACUUGCGAAAGCAUUGCUGAUGUUGUCGUUUUGGAUAAACCUAACCGUCCAAACGGUCCAAUCGAGGUUGUGGAUGUUCGCGCCGAAAAGGCUACAGUGAAAUGGAAGAAGCCAGACGAGUUCCAGGGAUCCGACAUAACCGGAUAUACACUCGAAAAGAUGGACAUGGACACUGGCAACUGGGUACCAUGUGGUGAAUGUGGGGUUGAGCCUACAGAAUUCACGGUAAAGGGCCUCACACCAAACCACAAGUACAAGUUCAGGGUACGAGCUGUCAACAAGGAGGGCGAGUCUGAACCUUUGGAGACCGAUGGAUUCAUCGUCGCUAAGAAUCCAUAUGACCCGCCAAAGGCUCCAGGCAAGCCCACUAUCAUAGACUACGACAACAUGUCUGCCACACUGCAAUGGGAGGCACCCAAGGACAAUGGUGGACGUCCAGUACUUGGUUAUGUCAUAGAGAUGAAAGACAAGUUCACUGCUGAUUGGAUUGAAGUUCUAAAGACAGAAGAUGUAAAGACAGAAGCCAAAGUAGAGGGUCUGAAAGAGAAGAUGAUCUACCAGUUCCGCGUGAAAGCCUACAACAAAGCAGGUGUCGGUGAUGCUUCAGAACCUACAGAAAACCAUCUUUGCAAGCACAGAAACUUGAAGCCACGCAUCGAACGUAUCACCUUCAAGUCUGUUAUCAUUAAAGCGGGACGCACGCACAAGUGGUCCGUCGACGUUACGGGUGAACCUCCACCGGAGACCACAUGGUCUUGGCGUGAAAACGUAAAGCUAGUGAACACAGAACGCAUCAAGAUCGAGAAUGUGGACUACCACACAGACUUCACAAUCGUGAACGCAGUGCGCCGCGACACUGGCAAAUAUACCCUCCGCGCCGAAAACUGCAACGGUUUCGAUGAGGAGACUGUCGAACUUACCGUUCUGAGCAAGCCUAGCGCGCCUAAAGGGCCACUGGAGGUGACAGGCAUCCAUGCAGAAGGCUGCAAGGUCAGCUGGGAGAAACCGGAAGACGAUGGCGGUUCUCCUGUCAAGGAGUACGAACUUGAGAAGAUGGACCUCGCUACAGGCAAAUGGGUCCGUGUUGGCAGAGUUGCUGGUGACAAGAAGCCUCUUGAAAUGGAAGUGACCGGUCUAGAACCGGGCCACCAAUACAAGUUCAGAGUUACGGCUGUCAACGACGAAGGAGAUUCCGAGCCAUUGGAGACCGAGAAGGCUAUUGUCGCCAAGAAUCCAUUCGAUGUAGCCGACAAGCCCGGCAACGUAGAAGUUGCAGAUCAUGACAACCAAAGCGCUGAGAUCAAAUGGGACCCUCCCAAGUCCGACGGCGGUGCGCCCAUACAGAAGUACAUCAUACAGAAGAGGCCGAAAGGUGGAGACUGGGAGAACGCAGCAGAAGUGCCCGGUUCAGCAACGUCAGGCAAAGUGGAAGGACUGCCCGAGGGUAGCGAAUACGAGUUCCGUGUCAUUGCUGUCAACAAGGCCGGACCGUCUGAAGCCUCUGAGCCUAGCAAGAUGACAACAAUCAGGCACAAAGCAUUGAAACCUCGCAUUGACCGCACAAAUCUGAAGGCGCUUGCAGUGCGAGCCACCAAACCUAUAUUCUUCGAUGUGAACGUCCGAGGCGAACCUGCACCCAAGGUGCAAUGGUUCCAGAAGUGGAAGAACGAAGAAAAGGAGGUUACCGAAAAUGUAAUUAACGUGGAUUACAACACUAAAUUGGACAUCAAAGAGUCUGUACGCUCGAUGACCGGCACCUACCGUAUCGUUGCCACCAACGAACACGGCAAAGACGAGGCCGAAGUAGAAAUCACCGUGCUAUCAGCUCCCGGCAAACCUGGUGGUCCACUUAAGGUCACCGAUGUCACCAAGAACGGCUGCAAGCUUGCUUGGAAGAAGCCCGAAGACGACGGUGGCAAACCAGUUACCGGUUAUGUAGUCGAGAAGCUCAACAAAGCUACAGGACGUUGGGUGCCUGUCGGCAAAACUGAUGAUACAGAAAUGGAGAUCAAGGGCUUGCAAGAAGGCGAGGAAUACGAGUUCCGAGUCAGGGCCAUCAACGAUGAGGGAGAAUCUGAGCCGCUGAAGACCGAUCAUUCUAUCGUGGCUAAGAAUCCUUACGAUAUCCCUGGCAAACCUUCCACACCUACCAUCGAAGACUGGGAUGUAGAUCGCGUGGACCUCAAAUGGGAAGCGCCCAAGAACAACGGAGGUGCACCCAUCACUGGCUAUAUUAUCGAGAAGAAGGAGAAAUAUGGGCAUUGGCAAGAGGCGCUUGUUACUACGACGCCAGAAUGCAAAGCCCGUGUACCAGAACUGAAAGAAGGCAACACAUAUCAAUUCAGAGUACGCGCUGUGAACAAAGCUGGUCCCGGUGAACCCGGGGAGCCUACUCAACCGCACGUUGCUAAGGCCAGAUUCUUGAAACCGCACAUCAACCGUGACAAGAUGGUCGCGAUUCGCGUUAGAGCUGGGACGAACAUCAAACUUGAUGUUGACAUCAAGGGUGAACCCCCACCGACCAAGACCUGGACGUUUGCCAACAAGGUCGUUGAGAACGGCCCAGGCAUCAAGCUAGAGAACGAGGACUAUAGUACGAAACUGCAGAUUUUCGAGUCCUCGUGGAAGAACACCGGCAUUUACACUUUGAAGGCCGAGAACGACUCUGGAGUUGAUGAAGCCACAGUUGAGAUCACUGUUCUUGAUAAGCCAGGCAAACCUGAAGGUCCACUUGAAGUAUCGGACGUCCAUGCUGAGCACGUGAAACUUGCAUGGAAAAAGCCCAAACACACUGGAGGACUUCCACUCAGUGCCUUUAUUGUGGAGAAGAUGGAUACCCUCACUGGAAAAUGGAGUCCAGCGGGUACCAUCGAUCCUGAUGUCACCGAGGCUACUGUUACUGGUCUAGAACCAGGUCACACAUACCAAUUCCGUGUUAAGGCACUGAACGAAGAAGGGGAGUCUGAACCUCUGGACACGGACCAUGGCAUCCUCGCCAAGAACCCAUACGACGUACCAGCGCCACCUGGCCUGCCAGACAUCGUGGAUUGGGAUGAAAAAUCCGUCAAACUUAAAUGGGAACCUCCGAUUAGAGAUAACGGUGCUCCCAUCACAGGAUACAUUAUUGAAGUCAUGGAUAGAGAUAGAGGAGAGUUUGUUAAGGCAGCCGAAGUCAACGGCAACGUCUGCCAAGGCACAGUGCCGAAAUUGGAGGAAGGCAACCAGUAUCAAUUCAGAGUGCGUGCUCUUAACAAGGCUGGUAAAUCCGAACCUUCGGAGAACACAACUUGGCAUACUGCUAAGGCACGAUUCUUGAAACCAAGAAUCGACCGCACAAACCUCAACCCGAUCUCAGUCAAAGCUGGACUGCCAGUCUCCCUGGAUGUGAAGGUCUUCGGAGAGCCUCCAGCCAAGGUCACUUGGUACUUCCAGGGCCAGGAGUUAAGCAACCGGGAGAAUCUGGAAAUCAUCAAUGUAGACUAUAACACUAAGUUCCUUAUGACCAAGAGCAAGCGUGCAAAUACUGGCAAAUAUGUAAUCAAGGCCAAGAAUGAAGUCGGCGAAGAUGAAGCUGAAGUAGAGAUAACUAUUCUUGGCAAACCAUCCAAACCCAAGGGUCCAUUAGAUGUAGCGGACGUUACAAAGAAUGGAUGCACAUUGUCUUGGAAGAAGCCAGAAGACGAUGGUGGAUCGCCUAUCGAAUACUACGAGAUUGAAAAAUUGGAUCCACUUACUGGUCAAUGGUUGCCAUGCGGCACGGCCAAGGACACGAAGGCAAAUGUAACUGGCUUGUCAGAAGGCAAGCCGUACAAGUUCCGCGUGAAGGCUGUUAACAAGGAGGGAGAAUCUGAAGAAUUGGAAACUGAGAAGCCCAUUAUUGCUAAGAAUCCCUUCGAUGAACCCGGUAAACCAGGCCGUCCAGAACCACGCAACUGGGACAAAGACUUCGUGGAACUGGAAUGGUCCGCGCCAAAGGACGACGGCGGUGCCCCCAUCACUGGUUACAUCAUCCAGAAGAAGGAAAGGGGAGAAAGAACAUGGCAAGAUUGCCUUCGCACUACCGGCGAGCGUCCAACAGGCCGCGUGACCGAUGUUGAUGAAGGACAUGAAUAUCAGUUCCGCGUUAUCGCCCUCAACAAGGCUGGGCAGAGUGAACCCUCUGAACCCAGCAAGCCAGUCAUUGCCAAGCCCAGAUUUUUGGCACCCAAAAUCGAUCGCAAAAACUUACAAAGCCGCAAGAUCAAGGUCGGCCAACUCCUCAAGUUGGAGGCUGAUGUUAAGGGCGAACCUGAACCUACAAUCACUUGGACUUUCAAAGAGAAAACCCUCAAGAGCGAUGAGAGGUUGAAGAUUGAGAAUGUGGACUACCACACGUCGUUCAAUCUCCAGAAAUUGACAAAGGAAGAUGGUGGAAAGUAUGUGGUGACAGCGAAGAAUGAAUCUGGUACUGAUUCAGUGGAAAUCGAGAUCACGGUUGUAAGCAAGCCGUCUAAACCAAAGGGACCAUUGAAGGUAUCUGACGUCAAAGCAGACGGUUGUAAACUCAAAUGGGAAGCACCGGAAGAUGAUGGCGGUGAACCAAUUGAGAGCUACGUUGUUGAGCGAAUGGACACCGAAUCCGGAAGAUGGGUGCCCGUUUGUACCACCAAAACACCGGAAGCUGACGUCACAGGGCUGAAUGAAGGAAAAGAUUAUAUGUUCAGAGUUAAGGCUGUCAAUCCUGAGGGCGAGAGUGAGCCGUUGGUCACUGAAACUGCGACCACUGCCAAGAAUCCUUAUGGCGAACCAGAUGCACCAGGCAAGCCCGAGUUCAAGGACUGGAGUGCGGAUCACGUUGACCUCAAAUGGGAAAAACCCGCGAACGAUGGCGGCGCACCCAUUACAGCGUAUAUCGUGGAAAAGAAAGACCGCGAUACCGGCAAAUGGGUUAAAGCUGCUGAGGUUCCCGGACAUAAAACAGAUGCCCGCAUACCAGAUUUAAUCGAAGGGAAAACAUACCAAUUCCGAGUGAAGGCCGUUAACAAGGCCGGCCCAGGCAAACCGUCCACGGCAUCCGAGAAUCUGCUUGCCAAGGAUAGGUUUGCUCCGCCUAAGAUCGACAGAACUAACAUGCGUGAUCUCACGCUUAAGGCUGGGCAGAACAUCAGGUUGGACGUCAAGGUCACUGGCGAACCUCCACCGACAAAGACAUGGUUCCACAACAAGGAGCGUCUGUCCUCAAGGGAUGACCUGACUGUAGACGUGGAAGACUACAAGACGAAACUCUCAGUGAUGAUUGCAUCGCGCAAACACAGCGGCACAUACGUGCUGAAGGCUGAAAACAGCAGCGGAAAAGAUGAAGCAACCAUACAAGUUAUUGUAUUGGAUGUGCCUGCUAAGCCUGAGGGACCAUUGAAGAUCUCCGAUGUCCACAAAGAGGGUUGUCAACUCAAAUGGAAUGCACCUUUGGACGACGGUGGUGCUCCCAUUGAUCACUACCUAGUUGAGAAACUAGACACAGAAACCGGUAGAUGGUUGCCGGCAUUGAAAACCAAGGAACCAAAAGCAGAAAUAGAGAACUUGGUACCCGGGCACGAGUACAAGUUUAGAGUAUCUGCUGUAAACAACGAAGGAGUUUCUGAGCCUUUGGAGGGAGAACAAUCUAUUAUUGCUAAGAAUCCAUUCGAUGAGCCCGGCAAACCAGGGACACCGGAAAUCCUGGACUGGGACAAGGAACACGUGGACCUCAAAUGGGAGAAACCCAUCAAAGAUGGUGGUGCUCCCAUCACAGGCUACAUUGUUGAAAAGAGGGAAGUUGGUUCCACCAAGUGGCUCAAGGCUUGUGAGGUUGGACCAAACGACAACAACAAAGUGACAGUGCCGAACCUGGACGAGGGUACAGAGUACGAAUUCAGGGUAAAGGCUGUCAACGAGGCCGGCCCUGGUGAACCCAGUGACGCUAGCAAGUCUGUCACUUGCAAGCCUAGGAGAUUGGCACCGAAGAUCGACCGUCGCAAUCUCCGUCCUAUCAAAGUACGCGAAGGAGAACCAAUCUCCCUUGACGUCAAGGUCACGGGAGAACCUGCGCCUGAUGUUACGUGGACUCUGAACGGCAAGACUGUCAGCAGCGGCAAUGGUCUUAAACUUAUCAACGUUCCAUACCUGAGCAAGUAUCAACAUUCCAGUCCUCGACGCAAGGACGCCGGUACAUACAAAAUCCAGGCUAUCAACAAAUAUGGCUCUGACACAGCUGAACUUGAAAUUACUGUCACAUCUAAGCCAGAAAAACCCGAAGGCCCCUUAGAAGUGUCGGACAUCCAUAAGGACGGUUGCACACUCAAGUGGAAGAGGCCCAAGGAUGAUGGCGGUGAACCAAUUGAAGCGUACCAGGUUGAGAAAUACGACCCAGAGACAGGUUCUUGGGUUCCAGUUGGAAAGACCCUCGGAAAUGUGCCUGAAAUGGAGGUCGAUGGCUUAAUACCCGGUCAUGAAUACAAGUUCCGAGUAAAGGCGAUCAACAAAGAGGGUGAAUCCGAACCAUUGGAAACCUUUGGCUCUAUUGUUGCCAAGGAUCCAUUCACCGUACCGGAAGCACCAUCUGCCCCCGUACCCGACGACUGGUCGGCUACCCAUGUGGACCUCAAAUGGGAACCGCCAGUAUCGGACGGUGGGUCACCAAUCAUUGGCUACAUCAUCGAGAGAAAAGACAAAUACAGCCCGCUUUGGGAGAAGGCUGUGGAAACCCACACGCCUACUCCUUCAGCUACUGUUAAUGGACUCAUCGAAGGAAACGAAUACCAGUUCCGAGUUAUCGCCAUCAACAAGGCUGGUCAGAGCAAACCUUCAGAAAGCAGCAAGAACUUCGUGGCUAAGCCGCGAUUCUUGGCUCCCAAGAUCGACAGGAGACAUCUUCGUGAUGUGACUCUAUCUGCAGGAUCCUCGCUUAAGCUGGAGGCGGCUAUCUCUGGUGAACCUGCUCCUGCGGUGGAAUGGAGAUACCAGAACAUGCCUCUACGUGCGUCCAAGGCCGUCACAAUCGAUAGUCCGGACUACUUCACAAAGCUUAGCAUUCGCCCAGUUAGGAGGGACGACUCUGGUGAAUACACCGUUACAGCUGUCAACUCGAGUGGCAGAGAUACCGUCACCAUCAAUGUGGUCGUCACUGACAAGCCUGCUAAACCUGAAGGACCACUACAGAUCUCAGACGUCCACAAAGACGGCGCGACACUCAAAUGGAAGAGACCAAAAGACGAUGGCGGCACUCCUAUCGAGUACUACCAGAUCGACAAACUUGACACUGACACCGGUGUCUGGGUACCGUGUGCCCGUUCUGAGGAACCUAGAUGUGAAGUAACUGGUUUAACUCCCGGCAAGGAAUACAAAUUCCGUGUAUCCGCUGUUAAUUCGGAAGGCGAAUCUGAACCUCUGAUCUCAGAGGAUAAGAUCGUCGCUAAGAAUCCCUUCGACGAACCUGGCGCUCCAGGCACCCCAUCAGUCACAGACUGGGAUAAAGACCACGUUGACCUCAAAUGGGCCCCGCCCAGAGAGGACGGUGGCGCUCCCAUCGAAGGAUACAUCAUUGAGAAGAAGGAUAAGUUCGGAAACUGGGAGAAGGCCCUCGAAGUACCGGCUGAUAAGACCGCUUGUACUGUUCCUGAUUUAGUGGAAGGACAGACUUAUGAGUUCCGUGUAAGGGCCGUAAAUAAGGCCGGACCAGGUGUCCCAAGUGACAGCACACAUCCCAUUGUCGCCAAGCCCAGAAACCUUGCGCCUAAGAUUGAUAGGACAAACUUGAUUGAUAUCAAGAUUAAGGUUGGACAGAAGUUUGGAUUCGAUGUCAAGGUUACCGGUGAACCAAUGCCAGAAACAAAAUGGUUCCUUGGCAAGAGAGAAGUUAAGUCUUCAGGCGAGAUGAAGGUUCAGCAUUCCGACUAUAACACCAAACUGAACUGCAAGGCAGCUAAUAGGUCUGACAGUGGAAGAUAUACGAUUACUGCUGAGAACUCUAACGGAAAAGACGUUGCUGAGGUUGAGGUCAUUGUAUUAAGCGCACCUAGCCCACCGGGAGGACCACUUAAGGUGUCCGACGUUCAUGCCAAUGGUGCGAAACUUUCAUGGAACCCACCAGCUGACGAUGGAGGUCAACCCGUCGAGAAAUACAUCGUGGAACGUAUGGAUGAGGCCACGGGCAGAUGGGUAAAUGCUGGUGAAACAGAUGGUCCUCAAACUAACCUUGCAGUUGAUGGUUUACAACCGGGACAUAAGUACAAGUUCAGAGUCCGAGCUGUUAAUAGACAAGGCAAAUCAGAGCCACUCACAACACCACACGCCACAGAAGCAAAGAAUCCAUUUGACGUUGCCGGCAAACCUGGCACGCCAAGGAUUAAAGACUUUGACAAGGACUUCGUUGAACUGGAAUGGACCAGGCCAGACACAGAUGGCGGUGCACCAAUUACUGGAUAUGUUAUUGAGAAGAAGGAUCGCUUCGCACCCGAUUGGGAGGAGUGUGCUCAGAUCGAAGGUGAUGUCACAACCGGAAAGGUACCAGAUCUCAUCGAAGGCAACACGUACGAAUUCCGAGUUCGUGCAGUCAACAAAGCCGGAAAGGGUAUCCCAAGCGAUGGAACUGGCCCACACCUGGCCAGGCCUAAGAAUCUGCCACCUAAGAUCGACAGGAACUUCAUGUUUGACAUCAAAAUCAAGGUCGGACAGAACUUCGAACUUGACGUGCCAGUUGCAGGGGAACCAACUCCAAGCAAGGAAUGGCUUAAUGGAGACAACAUGGUACUUAAUACAGACAGAAUCAAGAUUGUAAAUGAUACUCAUGCAUCUAAAAUCAGAGUUAUUGACGCUAAGCGUGCAGACUCUGGCACUUAUACUCUCAAAGCCAAGAAUAUCAAUGGCACAGAUUCUGCUACGGUCAAGAUUGUGGUUAUGGAUGUUCCACUACCACCAGAAGGUCCAUUAAGGGUUGAUGACAUCACCAAGAAUGGUUGCUCACUCAGAUGGAGACCACCCAAAGAUGACGGUGGAAGUGAAAUCACUCACUACGUUGUUGAGAAGAUGGACCAAGAAAACCUCCGUUGGGUCCCCGCUGGAGACGUACAGGGCUGUUACAUUCGCAUUGACCACCUUAUUGAAGGUCACGACUACAAUUUCCGUGUUCGAGCUGUCAAUAGACAUGGGGAAUCUCAACCUCUUAUUGGUCACGAGCCUAUUACCGCUAAAGAUCCCUACGGAACCCCAGACAAACCAGGUACCCCAGUUGUCAAAGACUGGGACAAGGAUCACAUGGACUUGGAAUGGGUACCGCCAAAGAAGGACGGUGGCUCUCCCAUUACUAGUUACAUUAUAGAGGCCAAGAAGAAGUAUGGUCCUUGGGAACUUGCUGCUACUGUACCAGGAAACCAAACCACUGCCACAGUUCCGGGAUUACAGGAAGGAGAAGAAUACGAAUUUAGAGUUAUUGCUGUUAACAAGGCUGGAAACGGAGAGCCUUCUGAUGCAUCUGCAUCACAGGUAGCUAAGGCUAGGUUCUGUGCUCCCACCUUCGACAAAAUGCUUCUUGCUGACAAGACUGUCAAAGCUGGACAAAGGAUUCAAUAUGAAAUCCCGAUAGAAGCAUCUCCAAAGCCAACAGUCGAAUGGCAAAUCAACGGCAAACUCGUACAUCCAUCCGACCGAAUCGAUAUCCAGAUUAUGCAUAACAGGGUUAUUCUAGACAUUCCAUUUUCCGUACGCUCCGACGGUGGCGUUUAUAAAUUGACCCUGAAGAACGACCUUGGAAUAUGCUCGGCAAGUGCACAAGUCACUGUAUUGGACAAACCUUCCAGGCCAGAAAAACCUUUGGUUGCUUCUGACGUCACAAAAGACUCUUGUUCAUUAUCAUGGAAAGUACCUUUGGACGAUGGUGGAUCACCAAUCUUGCAUUACGUUAUCGAAAAAAUGGAUCUCUCUCGUGGCACUUGGUCGGAUGCAGGAAUGAGUACGUUUUUAUCCCAUACUGUGUCAAGAUUAAUACAUAUGAAGGAAUACUUGUUUAGAGUUAGUGCGGUUAACGCGAUCGGUCAAUCUGAGCCAUUAGAAUUAGAUCGCGCAAUUGUCGCGAAGAAUGAGUUCGACGAACCUUCUGCUCCCGGUAAACCUGAGGCUACCGACUGGAGCAAGAAUCACGUCGACUUACAAUGGACUCCGCCUAAAUCUGACGGUGGAGCACCCAUUACUGGCUAUAUUAUUCAAAAGAAAGAAAAGGGCAGCCCAUACUGGGUCAAUGCUGCACAUGUACCACCUGGGAAAAACAAAGCUACUGUGCCCGAUCUGAUUGAAGGUCAAGAUUAUGAAUUCCGUGUCAUUGCAGUUAACCAAGCUGGGCAAUCAGAACCAAGUGAACCUUCAGAUAUAAUCACAGCUAAGGACAGAUUUGUCGCGCCUAAGAUUCUCACACCACUUAAAGAGAUUCGUAUCAAGGCUGGUCUCAUCUUCCACUUUGAUGUUGACUUUAUUGGUGAACCUAUUCCUGAAGUUAAAUGGACAUGCGAUGGCAAGCCAGUUAUAACAAACGAAAGAACUACUGUGACGUCAGUCGGUCACCACACUAUCGUCCACACUGUAAACUGCAAGAGGUCAGAUGCUGGUAAAUACCACCUCUCGUUGAAAAACGAUUCCGGAUCCGAUGAGGGUAGCUUUGAUGUAAUUGUACUGGAUGUUCCUGGACCACCACAACCUCCAUUUGAAUAUGAAGAAAUAACUGCCCAAUCCGUUACUUUGUCAUGGAAACCACCUAAAGACAACGGUGGUAGCGAACUUACAGGUUACGUUAUUGAGAAACGUGAUUUGACACAUGGCGGUGGAUGGGUACCAGCUGUCACAUACAUAAAUCCGAAAUACAACCAUGCAACUGUACCACGACUUUCUGAAGGAACAAAAUACGAAUUUAGAGUAUUCGCUGAAAAUUUACAGGGACGAUCUGAACCAUUAGUAACAGACAAACCAGUUGUUGCCAAGAACCAAUACACGGUACCUGGCAAACCGGGUAAGCCAGAACUUGUUUCUGCGGAUAAGGAUCAUAUCAAGAUCAAAUGGCCAUCACCGAUUUCUAACGGUGGAUCCAGCAUUAUCGGUUAUGAUGUUGAAAGAAAAGAUAAAGCUACUGGCCGCUGGAUAAAAAUGAACAGAGAACCGGUCCGGCUCAACGAAUACAACGAUGACAGGGUCCAAGAGGGCCAUCAAUACGAAUACAGAGUCUCUGCUGUUAACGCAGCUGGACCUGGCCAACCUUCUGACCCCUCUAACGUUAUCAUCGCUAAACCAAUGAAGGAAAAACCGAAGUUAUGGUUAGACAGCCUCAUCGGUCGCAAAAUCAAGGUUAGGGCCGGCGAACCGAUCAAUAUAAACAUUCCAAUUUCCGGUGCUCCUACACCGACUAUCACAUGGGCUAAGGGAGCCAUCCCGGUUGUUCCUUCAUAUAGAAUUACAGCUGAAACUAAAGCUGAAGAGACUAAGCUUAGCAUUGAGAAAUCGACUCGCGAAGAUGCAGGCAAGUACACUAUCACUGCAUCCAAUGAACAUGGAAAAGACUCUGCCGAUAUUGAAGUUAUUGUAGUUGACAAACCUGGAAUACCUAAAGGCCCGCUGUCUUGCAUGCCAGUCACACAUGAUGCCAUGAGCCUGACAUGGCUGCCACCCGCCGACGACGGUGGCAGUGAAAUCACCGGCUACGUAGUGGAAGUUGCUGAAUUUGGUGUUAAUGACUGGCGAACGGUCGCUGGAUUCUGUCCCAAAUGCUCAUUCACUGUUAAGAAUUUGACUGAAGGCAAGAAGUACGUCUUCAGAGUUCGCGCAGAAAACUUAUACGGCGUAUCUGAGCCAUUAGAGAGCAAAGCAAUCGUUGCUAAAAUGCCAUUCGAUCCACCAGAUGCACCUGAUACACCUAAGAUCACAGGCUACAGUGCAAAUAGCUGCUCCCUUGAAUGGCAACCGCCAUUGAACUGCGGUGGAAAACCCAUUACGGGCUAUAAUCUUGAAAAGAGAGAACGUGGUGGUGAAUGGAUUAAAAUCAACAAUUAUCCAACACCAAAUACGUGCUACACAGUCCAAGACCUACGUGAAGGAAGCCGCUAUGAGUUCCGCGUCAUUGCCGUCAACGAAGCCGGUCCAGGCAAACCAAGCAAACCUACGGAACCUAUUGUUGCACAGACUCAAAGGCUAAAACCAAGCGCACCGGAGGCGCCCAAGCCGGAUAGAGUGACAAAAGACUCUGUUACAUUAUCAUGGAGACCGCCAAAAUCCGAUGGUGGAUCUAAAAUCAAGGGCUAUAUCGUUCAACAGAAAGGUAAGGGAGACAAAGAUUGGAAAGACGUCAAUGACGUGCCCAUCCCGAGCCUCGUUCACACUAUACCAAAACUUAAAGAAGGCGCAGAAUAUCAAUUCAGAGUCAUCGCUGUUAAUGAGAUUGGCAAAUCUGAACCGAGUAAACCCACAAGCGACAUCACGAUCGCUGAACAACCUAACAAACCAUGCAUGGAUCUCAGUGGAGUUCGAGAUAUUACUGUACGUGCUGGUGAAGACUUCUCUAUUCAUGUACCUUACACCGGCUUCCCACAACCAACUGCGUCAUGGUUUGCUGACGACAAACAGCUCGAUGUCGAUGGUGACUCGAGAAUAUUCCAGAAACUUACACCCGAAUCAGCGUCGCUUGUGGUCAAAAAUGCAAAGAGAACAGAUGGAGGUCAAUACCGUUUGCAGUUACGCAACCCAUCUGGCUAUGACACAGCCACAAUUAAUGUACGUGUGCUCGACAGACCUGGAAAACCAGAGAAUUUGCGUGCAGAAGAAUUCGAGGGUGAAGCACUCACCUUGUACUGGAACCCGCCUAAAGAUAACGGUGGCGGUGAUAUUACAAAUUACGUCGUAGAGAAACGUGAAGCUCGCACACCUACAUGGACUAAAGUAUCUGGUUAUGUCACGACACCGUUCCUACGGGUGAAGAAUUUGACAGUUGGCAAGAGCUACGAGUUUAGAGUUAUGGCUGAGAACCAAUAUGGUCAAUCAGAGCCCGCGCAGACACUUGAGCCAAUCCGAGCCAGACAUCCAUUCGAUCCACCCAGUGCUCCGGGUACACCAACGUCGGUCGAAACUACGGAAUCUUCCAUCACGGUUACUUGGACGAAACCGCGCACUGAUGGAGGAUCUCCGAUUACGGGUUACAUCUUGGAGAAGAGGUUAAUUACGGAGGACAAAUGGACGAAGGCGUCCCACGCACACAUUCCAAACACAACUUACAAAGUACAAGGGUUGAUAGAAAACCAUGAAUAUGAGUUCCGCGUAUCUGCUGUCAAUGCCGCAGGUCAAGGCCCGUACUCUCAAAGCUCGGACGCCAUUCGCGCAUGCGCGCCGCCAUCAGCUCCCCGCAUUACAAGCGAUCUCAGCCUUCGUGACAUCACUGUCAUCGCUGGAGAUGAGAUUAAGAUUACAGUGCCUUUUACUGGAAACCCAAGACCGAAGGUGUCAUGGAUAAUAAACAACGAAGAAGUAUUCCCGGAUCAUCGUAUCCGUUUCGAUACUACGGACAUAAACACGGUGUUUAUAAACUCGUGUGCCAAACGUUCCGACACUGGCUCCUACACUGUGCAAUUGAUCAACAGCGAAGGCUCAGACAGCGGCACUUGCAGGGUGCUAGUGGUAGACAAGCCAUCACCACCAGUGGGCCCAUUGGACGCUUCAGACAUCACGCCUGAUACGUGCACGUUGUCAUGGAAACCACCACUAGACGAUGGCGGAUCGCCUAUCACCAAUUAUAUUGUGGAGAAGUUGGACAAUACUGGAGUAUGGUCGAAGACAUCAUCGUUUGUCCGCAACAGCCAUUACAACGUGAUGGGUCUUGAACCGAACAGGAAGUACAUGUUCCGCGUUCGCGCUGAAAACCAGUACGGAGUGUCUGAACCAUUGGCGAUGGACGACUACGUCACUGCCAAGUUCCCAUUCACGAUUCCCGAUCCACCGGGCGUACCAAGAGUUAUCGAUUGGGAUGGCUCAACAGCCACCGUCAUAUGGGAUAGGCCGAGGUCCGAUGGAGGCGCUCGCAUACAAGGAUACAAGAUCGAGUUCAGAGACGUACAAGACAAUGUAUGGGCCAGUGCUGAUUAUCUUGUCAAGGAUUGCAACUACCAGGCCUACAACUUAGAACCCGGUCACGAAUACGAGUUCCGCGUGCGUGCCAAGAACGCGGCUGGCUUCAGCAAAUAUUCAGCAAGCUCGCAACCGUUCAAGGUUCGCGGCAAAGCCGGACCGCCAUCUGCACCAAGGUCGCCUCGCGUCUUACGCGUUGGCAGGAACUAUGUCGACGUUGCCUGGGAUGCACCGGCCUCUGAUGGAGGUUCGCGUAUUACUGGAUACAUUAUUGAACGCCGUGAACUCACAAGCUCCGUUUGGCUCAAGUGCAACGACUACACAGUUUUGGACACGAGCUUCACAGCGCUCAAUCUCAGUGAAAAGGCUGAUUUUGAAUUCAGGAUUAUUGCUGUAAAUUCUGCUGGUAAAUCUGAACCAUCAAGCUGCACAACACCAGUACGAACCGGUGAAGAAGUUGGUGGAGCUAAGCCAGAAUGGCUUAAACAGAUGUCACCAACGAUAUGUGCGCCACUUGGCAGGCCCUACACUCUCGAAUGUGUCGCUUCAGGAAGUCCAGUACCCACGGGGCGCUGGUUGAAGAACGGCAGGGAAGUCGUACUUGGAACAAGACUUAUCGCAGAAUCUCGCGAAGGAACACUAAGACUGAACAUCCUAGAGGCUACAGACGCGGAUGAGGGUGACUACACAUGUGAAGCCAGUAACACCCUUGGAAGCAUUCACUGCACAGCACAUCUUAAGAUCGGAAGCCCGCCACGCAUUACAAGAAUGCCUGGUGAUCUCCACCUACCAGAGCACGACAACACAAAGAUCAAGAUCUUAUACUCUGGAGAUCAACCCGUGGAUGUUACAAUCAGCAAAGAUGGGCACAAGCUAUCUGAAACGCCACACCUUAAAUACACCGUAUUCGAUGACUACAUUCUUAUAUUUAUUAAGGACAUCACUAAGGACGAUAUGGGUUCAUACAAACUGACAAUAAAGAAUAAUUCAGGUGAAACAUCAGACACAUUCUCGGUGACCGUAACUGGCCUACCCGGACCGCCACAAGGACCUUUAGAAGCUUCAGACAUUACCAGACAUACUUGUUCAUUAGCCUGGAAACCUCCCACAUACGAUGGAGGAUUACCGAUCACCCAUUAUGUCGUUGAGAGAAUGGACAUGUCUGGUACAAACUGGAUAACAAUAGCGUCUUGUGUCCGGGAUACUAAGUUUACGGUACUCGGUCUAACAGAAGGCCAGGAGUAUAACUUCAGGAUACACGCUGCUAAUGAUAAUGGUAUUGGACCUGGAUUGGAGGGCGCUAGCCCGAUUAAGGCCAAGGCUCCAUUCGACCCACCAUCAGCACCUGGAAUCCCCAACAUUUUGGAAGUUGGAGGACAUUUCGUACACCUCAAUUGGGACAAACCCGAAAACGAUGGUGGUGCAAGAAUACAGGGCUACUGGGUAGACAAACGCGAAGUUGGCUCACAGAGCUGGCAACGCGUCAACCCGACUCUGUGCGUGCCCAACCAGCUUAACUGCGCGAACCUUAUCGAGGGUCGUCAGUACGAGUUCAGGGUCAUCGCACAGAACGAAGCUGGACUUUCGCCACCAAGCACAAACAGUCAACAGGUCAAGGCCGUCGAUCCGAAGGCGGCAACACCGCCAGAGGUGGUCAAACCGCUAAGGAGUGCCAACUGCAUUCAGUACCACAAUGCCAAGUUCCAGUGUACUAUCACUGGAUCACCAAAGCCAACCAUCACUUGGUACAAGGGGGCGCGUGAGAUCAUCAACGGACCGCGCUACCGCAUCUGGAGCGAGGGUGAAAACCACUUCCUCACAGUCAUGGAUGUUUUCGGUGAAGACGCCGAUGAGUACGUGUGCAGAGCUGUUAACAAAGCUGGUGUCAAGAGCACCAGGGCUGAACUGCUGAUUAUGACUGCACCAAAACUGAACGUACCACCCAGAUUCAGGGAUGCAGCGUUCUUCGACAAGGGUGAAAACGUUGUCAUCAAGAUACCGUUCACUGGACAUCCUAUACCGAAGCUCACUUGGGUGCGUGAGGGAGAGACUAUUGAGUCUGGACUUCAUUACCACGUGGAAAGGAAAGAACGGCACGCCAUUCUCACGAUCCGCGACGCCAGCAAGAUGGACUCUGGACCUUACAGACUUACUGCCGAAAACGAAUUGGGACAAGAUUCCGCUAUUAUUAACGUCCAAAUAAGUGAUCGUCCAGAUCCACCAAGAUUCCCAGCGGUAGAUAGCAUUGGUGUUGAUUCGCUGGCAUUGUCCUGGAAAGCGCCAGUAUGGGAUGGCGGCUCAGAUAUCACGAAUUACCUCGUGGAGAAGAGAGAACAUCCCAUGUCGAGCUGGAUCAGGGUUGGAAACACCAGAUUCACAACAAUGGCGAUCACAGGCUUAGUGCCCGGCAAGCAGUACGAAUUCCGUGUAUACGCCGAGAACAUUUACGGCAGAUCAGAGCCCAGCGAACCUACUUCACUGGUACAGACCAAGGCCAUUGUCAAGAAGGAGUUCAAGAAGAAGGAAUACCCUGUUGACGAAACUGGCAAGAAGAUACGCACAAACGCCGACCACGGUCCAGUGAAAGAUUACGAUAGCUACGUGUUCGACAUCUACAGCAAAUACGUGCCACAGCCGGUCGACAUCCGGACAUGUUCGGUUUACGACAAAUAUGAUAUACUCGAGGAGAUUGGCACAGGCGCGUUCGGUGUGGUACAUCGAUGCAGAGAACGCGCUACUGGAAACUACUUCGCCGCCAAAUUCAUUCCCGUCACGAGUGCAAUGGAGAAAGAAUUAAUUAAGAAAGAGAUAGACAUAAUGAACCAACUGCAUCAUCGCAAAUUGAUUAACUUGCACGACGCGUUCGAGGACGACGACGAAAUGGUUCUUAUAUUCGAGUUCUUAUCCGGCGGUGAACUGUUCGAGCGCAUCACUGAGCCAGGUUACAACAUGAGCGAAGCAGAAGCGGCUCACUACAUGCGACAAGUGUGCGAGGGUGUGAAACAUAUGCACGAGCAAAACAUCAUACACCUGGACCUCAAGCCCGAGAACGUUAUGUGCACGACCAGGACCGGCACUGACGUGAAGAUCAUCGACUUUGGCCUUGCUACGAAGUUGGACCCGAACGAGGUUGUGAAGAUCUCAACGGGCACAGCGGAAUUCGCUGCACCAGAGAUUGUAGAGCGCGAACCCGUUGGCUUCUACACUGACAUGUGGGCAGUCGGCGUGCUCGCCUACGUCCUACUCUCCGGGUUAUCGCCGUUCGCGGGUAACAAUGACAUUGAGACCCUGAAGAACGUGAAGGCUUGCGACUGGGAGUUCGAUGAGGAGGCCUUCCAACACGUUUCAGAUGAUGCUAAGGACUUCAUCAGACGGCUUUUGGUUAAGAGCAAAGAAAAGCGUCUGACGGCACACGAGUGCCUGGCUCACAAGUGGCUGGCAGGCGAUGCCACCGCUGCCAGAACCGCCACGAUACAGGCGAGGAGAUACGAACAGAUACGCAACAGACUGCGACAGCGAUACGAGAACUGGUCAUCGUUCGUACUGCCAAUCGGUCGUCUCAGCGAGUACAGUUCACUGCGCAAAUUGCUUAUCGAGAAAUGGAAGAUCUACGACGGACAAUUCGAUCGCCGGCAAGCGGUCCCACGUUUCGUGAUCAAGCCACAAUCUGCGUUCUGCUACGAGGGGCAGUCGGUGAAGCUUUAUUGCCGCGUCAUUGCUGUCGCCACGCCCACCAUUACGUGGUCGCACAACAACCGCGAGCUGAGGCAGUCUGUCAAAUACAUGAAGAGAUACGCAGGGGACGAUUACUACUUCAUAAUCAACCGAGCGAAACUGGAGGACCGUGGAGAGUACGUCAUCAGGGCCGAAAACCAUUACGGCUUCAGAGAAGAAGUUGUCUUCCUGAACGUACAACCGGUUCCUAAAGUACAACGCCAGCAUGUGCCCGAAGCACCGCGUCGCCGUGAAGCGAUCCCAUAUACCUUCUGGCAAGAGUCGAGCGAAACGGCACCUUCCUUCACAUUCUUGCUGCGCCCGCGUGUUAUGCAAGCUAGAGACACAUGCAAGCUGUUGUGUUGUCUUAGCGGCAAACCCACACCCACUGUCAAAUGGUACAAAGACAGAAGGGAGUUGUCUAAAUACGACUAUGCGAUGACGCAAUCGGACGGCGUGGUCACGAUGGAGAUCAUUGACUGCAGGCCAGAAGACAGCGGGAAGUACACUUGCAUUGCCACCAACGUGCACGGCACUGAUGAGACCUCUUGUGUCGUCAUCGUUGAGGGUGAAGUAGUUACAGAAGAGCAAGCCGCUCUGGCACACAACCUUUUGCAUUCUGGAGAAAGGCGUUACAUAGAGAAGCCGCUGAAACCGGCGCCAGCGCCUAUCAUCACCAAGACGAAGGUGACAAUCGACCCUCCAAGCAAAUCGGGCCCUAGACCAAAGUACUCCCCACAGAGUUCAAUCGAGGCAGGUAGAUCUCAGAAGAAAUACGGCGCUAGAUUAGACUCGGACACGUCUUCUAGGUCCAGAAGCGCUACAAAGGAGCUUAUUCUACCAGCUUCAGACUCCUCAAUGUGCAAGCCUUCGUUCGCACGCGCCCUUCCAGAUGCUCUGACCGCUAAGGAUGGAGCACCUUUACUACUGUCAUGCGCAGUCAGAGGAGACCCUGACCCUAGAGUCGAGUGGUUCAAGGACGGCAAACCCCUGAAUUCUUCAGAGGUUGUCAACUUGAAAUACAAGAACGGCGUAGCGUCGCUCGCGAUCUACGAAGUUUUCCCUGAAGAUGAGGGUGUGUACUCGCUCAAGGCCAUCAACAGCCAAGGAGAUAUCGAGACCAAGUGCAACGUCACCGUUAAAAGCCAAACCACAGCCGAACCAAUGAAGAUCGACAAGCCACCAAGAAUCGUAGAUCACGCGGUUUCACAGAUCGUUAAAGACGGAGAUCCCAUUACGUUAUCUUGCAGAAUCGCAAACGCGGAGAGGUUCGACGUAGUAUGGCUACACAACAACAAGGAGAUAAAACCGUCGAAGGACUUCCAGUAUUCCUGCGAGGCCAACAUCCACAAACUGAACAUCGCUGAAAUAUUCCCUGAGGAUGCCGGCGUAUAUACAUGCGAGGCCUUCAACGACGCGGGAGAAUCUUUCUCAUCGUGCACCCUCGUAGUGUCGGUGUCUGGAGAGACGCCCGCCACGCCGCAAUACAGAGCCUUCCCGGGCUCCGCCACCGUCUCGUCUGGCGAGCCGGCCAUUUUCAGCACUGAACUGGACAAGCCACCACUCCAGCUCCAAUGGCUGAAAGACGGCAAGCCUAUCGACGAAUCGUCGAGCAGAUACAAGUUCAUGAUGGAAGGUACUUCGGCAUAUCGCCUAGAGAUCGUCAGCACUAACUCAGACGACAGCGGCCAGUACCAAGCCCGUGCGGUAGGCUCCAAGGGAGAUUCCUUCGCCGCAUUCUACUUGAACGUAGUCGAUAAUUAAAAUAAAAAAACGAAAAAAAUCUCAAUACAAUGACUGACAUAUAAGAUUUAAAAGGACGAACCCAAGACGCCACCUUGUGGAACUCCCGUAUAUGAAAUCUUAUAUUUAUUUACCCACGCGAACUUUAAUAACGGAAAACGAUUUUUUUAUACGACUCGGAGUCUUAAUAGUGUAAAGGAGUUUUUUUUACAUAAAUUAUUAAUUAUUAUUAUUAUUAUUUAUUAAUUUAUUAAGUAAUCGUUAAGUGUUAUACCCUAUCGAAAGCUUAUGAGAAGUCGCUUGGAAGAUCGAAUCCUCGUAACGUUCUCUAGUCACUGUUUAAAGUUUAAAUGUUAUAUUUAUUUCUCGAUUGUUAUCGUUUAUUUAUUUCUUUACACCUAACAUAUUUAUUUGCAGCUUCUGGUUAUUAAAGCUUGAAAUUAAUGAAUGUUGGCAUAGAUUUCGGUUCGGUUAUAUCGUCUAUGACCAUUCCUCUGGUACUCCGUACGCCACCACGGAAUAACUUUGCAACGGUCGUGCGUAAAGCCGAUUCGAAAUCUGUAUUAUUUUUUAUAUAAAUUUAACUUUAAUUAUUUAAUUGUAAAUAAUUUAAUUUGUAUCAUGUG